AUGAAUCGUUAUUAUUCUCUGGCGGCCGUGAUCAAUCCUAAUCAACUUUGGGAAGGUCUCACAUUUUUCCAGUGGCAAGGAUGGACAGGGUUGAUUGGAUGCAUGCUUGCUGAAGGGAUAUUGCAAAUUCGACUAUACGCUCUUUAUUCGCUGAAUAAAAAAAUACUUGCAUUGAUGCUCGUCGUUUUCAUCGCUUCCACGGCAACAUCUGCAUGGAUCAUGGGAACCGCUCUCUCCUCCGUUACAGCCACCGCAGUUCAGAUUCCAGGAGGAGCGUUCUGCGUUCCUGCCAAUGUGACUCCUCAUUUUUAUGCAUUCUGGAUCCCGAUGCUAGCGUUUGAAACCCUACUUUGCACAUCUCUGUUGGAGGUCCCUGUGGGCUUCUCCCUCGCCAUGUCGUGUGUUUUGGCUAAUCGGGUGGUCCUGAAUGUCCGUGUCGUGAGCCGCGAAAUCGAUGCGUCCAGGGUGACUGCAUCCCAAAAGCCUCUGACUGCCAACUCUCAUGCCUUGCAUGAUGCCAGUUUCUGCAGUCCCGGCACCUUGACAGAAUACGAGAUGGCACGACUGCGUACCAUGCGGGCCGAGAGUAAAUUUAACGUCAAGGUUCCAUCGGAGCGCUCCGAUGACUUCGACUCUCCCCCAUUUACCGUCCUGUGA